AUGAGCUCAGCUGAGUCCAGCUCAUCGCUUCCCUCUCCUCCUAGUAGUUCCUGUGGGGACGACUCAUCAUCCACUUCACCAGACCCCUCUCAUGGAACAAGCGAAUCGCUUAAACAUCAGCCUAGUAGAAAGUCAGUGCUGGCUCAAAGUAUACCUGCGCAGUCUUUUCUAAGAAGAGACUCACUUGGUACCCAGCUAUCUGGCUUGUCUCUGAUGGAACAGAAGCAAGCGCCAGCUUCUCUACCAGAGAACUACACAAUCGACCAUUCAGCACCUAUUCCUAUUAUUCACCCAGGAACACCCAUCAGCUCCACAUGCUCCUCUGUGGCAAAUAACUCCAGCCUAAGACGGCCUUCCAUGUCCUCUCCGCGUGAUAUCUUGGCAACAUCCCCUGCCGGUAGACCACGUCGACCUUCUGAAGCCAACCGAAAGCUACGUGUAGCUUCGUUAUCAGAAUCAGCAGGAAGAAAGACUUUGCAUCGAUGCGAGGAGUGUGGCAAAGUGUACAAGCAUGCAAACUGUUUGUACAAGCAUCGGUGGGAGCACUCGGAACAGUGGGCCAUGACGAGUAAACUCAAUAUUACAAAACAUCAACAAGUUCAGCUAUUGGAAGCCGCCGCUAUUUUGGUCGGCAUGGACCAGUCAAGGCGAGACAGCCAAGGCUCUCUUCCUCAAAUUAGCCACAUUAAACUUGAGAACGAAGAGGAUGAAGAAGAACUGGAGAUUGCCGAUGGAGAGAGUCCUUCAGCUAAUACAAAAGAAUCUAGAGAAUCUACUGUGUCCCUUGAACCUGACACUGAAGAGGAUGAAGACGAAGACGCAACUGAAGACGACGAAGAUAUUAUGAUGAUGGAAGGCCUUUAA